AUGAUAUUGAUCGAUUAUUUUUUUGAAUAUUUAUUAGAAUUAUCAUCAUCAUCAUGUUGUAUUUAUGAUGUCAAAACAAAAUUGAUAACAAUAGAAACAAAAGAAAAUUUAUUUAAAUUAAUUAAUACUAGAAAGAUACCGGUUGAAUCAACAAAUAGAAAAAAUUCUGUAAAACAUACAUUAUGUACAUAUUUAUCAUUAUUGUUGGAUAUAGGUAAUAAGCACGCACUUCUACAAUGUCUUACAACACCAGCAUACAAUGGUAUUGAACGUAACACAAUUACUGAAUUGAGACGUUUAUCAAAGAAUGAAUGUUCAUCAAUAUAUCAAAUUCUUCUUUCAUUUCUUCAACGUAAAGAAUUAAUAUUAAAUCAUAUAUCAUCAUCAUAA